AUGUUUCCUGAUCAUAUACUCAUAUUGGCUUCCGAAUAUAUUCAUGAUCAACCCUACCCAUUUCAGCUCCCUAAGCGUGUCAACGAGUUUUUCUAUAAACAGCCAGUUUAUGAGGCGACUGGAGAUCUCGAGUCAGAUGAGACUGUCAACAGUCGCGUUGUUAACCUGAUUGUGGCCUCCAACCGGAUGGCGUUGCGUGCCGGGAUUCAGGCUGCGCGUCGUAUCGUGUUGCCUUGUCCUCUACGAUCAAAUACCUCGGAGGAAUUUUUUGUCUUAUCUGAAUCUACAAAAAAGGAGACUCGAGGAGGGACUAGCAAUUUCGAGGCAGAAGCUGACUUACUUCUCUCCGGUUCUGAA